AUGAACUCUUCUAAAUGUCUAAUGUACUCAUGUCAGGACACUACUUUAGUAAGGGUAUGAGAUAAGUGUUCGACAUAUGUUAUUGGAACUAGGGCAAUUUCUUUUAGAAUUGUUUAUGGAGCUUAGUAAAUUGAAUGUUGAUUCCAUUUAAUUGUUCAUGUUGAUUAGAGGCAUUGGCUGACUUUCUUCCAUCUGAUUUGCAGUGUCAAUCACAGUUGAAAACACUUUAUGCGGAGUCAAUUAAGGGGUGCCACAUGGAAUUUUCUGCUUACAAUAUACUCUGUGUUAUCUUGCAUGCCAACAAUAGCAGAGAUCUGGUAUCAGCAAUGUCAAGCUCAUCAGUUGAAACCAAAAAAGAUGAGGCUGUAAAACAUGCUCUUGCAAUUCAUACCGCUGUCACUUCAGGAAAUUAUGUUCGGUUCUUUAGACUAUACAAGACUGCACCUAAUCUUAACGCCUGUCUUAUGGAUCUUUAUGUUGAGAAGAUGCGGUACACUACUGUGAGAUGCGUGUCUCAUUCAAGUCGCCCUACAGUCCCUGUUUCAUAUAUUGCUCAGGUUCUAGGCUUCACCAAUGCUUCGCCUAUAGAAAUAACUGAGGAAAAGGAUUCAGAUGAUUGGAAGAGUAUGUGGAAUGGCUGA